UUUCUUUUUCUCUCUCCUUUAAUGAAUAAUCAAUCACCUCCUCAACUUCCUCCUGGGUGGAUCGCGCUCUGGGAUGAAUCAGCACAACGCUAUUAUUACGUAGAACAAGCAACAGGUACAACACAAUGGGAAGUACCCACCGCACCUUCCAAUGCUGCACAAGCAGGUGUUGGUAGUCGUGGGGAAGCAUCGAGUUACAGUCUUCCACAGGCACAAAAUAACAUUAGCUAUCCACAAGGAAGUGGUGGCUAUCCACAAGCUGGGGGAUAUCCACAGGAACAACAACAAGGAUAUCCACAACAAUCCCCAGGAUAUCCACAACAACAACAAUCUCCAGGAUAUCCACAACAACAGCAAUCUCCAGGAUAUCCACAACAACAGCAGCAAGGAUAUCCUCAAAGCGAGAGUAGUAGUUAUCAACAACAGAGUCCUCAAGUAGGAGCAGGCAGUAGUAACUAUUCACAAAGCCCUGGCUAUCCUGGUCAACCUGACUAUCCUAACAAUGGACAACCUGCUGACGGACCUGAUGGAGAACGUGGCAUGGGAAAGAUGCUUUCCGGAUUUGGAGGUGGUGCUAUUACUGGUACUUUAAUAGGACUUGCAGCAGGUAAACUUCUUGGCAAUAAUAAUCAUCAUCAGCAAGGCGGAGGAUUUCCGCAGUUUGGUAAUUUCGGAGCUCAGCAAGGUUAUUAUCCACCUCCUCCUCCUCCUCAGGGCUACGGUAAACCUCCCAAGAAACAUCAUUUCUGGUAGCUUCAACUGUACAAACAAUAAAAAAGAAUAUUUUUCUAAAAAAAAAAAAAAAACUCCGGUGUAAAGAGAGAGUGAGAGAGUGAGAGUGAGAGAGAGCUGACGUGCAAACAGUCCCCCGGACAAAAUGUUAUGGGGAGGGGGGG